GAGACCUUCAGCACGCUGAUCGAUUCGUUUCAUAACAUGCAGCAGCUGAACACUCCUCUAAGAAAGUCAUUUAGCAUUAACCUGAGUCAGAGAAAUGACAUGCAUCAAACAGAUCCUGUCCAGAAGUCCGCGCAGCAGAGUCGGACGGCUGCUCGCUGCAGCUUUCACCUCCUGCAGGUGUUUCCAUGCUGAACUGGUGAGACGUGAAUCCAGCCGACUUCCAAUAGUUCAUCACAGCCAGUAUGUGUGUGAGCUCCCGCCCAAUCACAGGUUCCCGAUGGGCAAGUUCCCCCGGGUUCUCCGCUCUUUGAUCAAGGAUCAGGUGAUCACAGAGGAACAGGUGUGGGUCCCUGAAAUUGCCUCCACAGAGUUACUCAGCUGCGUGCACACAGAGGAAUACUUGAACAACUUCAUAAAGGGGAAAGUAAAUGAGCAGGAACAAAGGAGGACAGGUUUCCCCUGGAGCGAAGGCAUAGUGAGACGCUGCCGAUACGAAACAGGUGGGACUGUCCUAGCUGCUGAGGUCGCUCUGCAGAGGGGUAUGGCCUGCAGUACGGCGGGAGGAACCCACCACGCUUUCCCAAGCUAUGGCUCAGGGUUUUGUCUCCUCAAUGACUUGGCAGUUGCAGCCAAACACCUGAUCUCCUCGCCCAAAAGGAAGGUUCUGAUCGUGGAUCUAGAUGUGCAUCAGGGUGACGGCACGGCUUUCAUUUUUAAAGAAGAGCCGCGUGUGUUUACUUUCUCUGUACAUUGUGGGAAAAACUUCCCCCUCCGGAAACAACAGAGUGACCUGGAUGUCAGCGUGGAGGACGGGCUGGAAGACAAAGAGUAUCUCUCCACAGUGGAGGCCCACCUUCCCUGGCUGCUGGAGACUUUUCGCCCGGACCUGGUUCUGUAUGACGCAGGUGUCGACCCUCACUGGGACGAUGAACUCGGGCGGCUCCGUCUGACCGACCAAGGGCUGUACCAGAGAGAUCUGUACGUGAUGAAGACAGUGGUGAGCAGAGGUGUUCCUGUCGCUGCUGUUAUUGGAGGAGGAUACUCGAGAGACAUCGACAAACUGGCCCUCAGACACUCCAUCGUCCACAGAGCAGCCACGCAGGUUUGGAGGGAGUGUGGAGUGUAAAACCUUUGCCCUGAAUCAAGAGGACCUUCACAUCCUAACUGAUACUUCAUCUUUAGGGGCCAGUAUUAAUAUUUGGGAAUAAAAAUCUGGUAAUGCUCUAUAAACCAAUGCUUGAUUCACAUGAUGCUGUACAUGCAACAGCUUUACAAGAAUAACAAAAGACAUGUUGGGGAACAUUGAUUCUUAACAGAUUCCACUAUCUGCUCAGAGUAUUGUAGAAUAUUUUAAUCUGCUGGACAGAUUACGUAACAAGAACUCUUGUUUGUGAGCUUUGAACCUUGUUUUGGUAUAUUAAUCAUCCAAAUAUUAAAAAAGGAGCUCUACUCAGGACAUUUUAAUGUGGAAAGUUGGUGCUCAUGGUCAUGCAGGUGACCCUCUCAUACAGUGUGUGGCAUUUCGGCUAAAGGGUGAUUUUAAGAAGUAAAUCAAUUCGCUGUUUACCUCAUCAAGAUACUGUAUCAGUACUACUGUAGAAGAAACUAACAAUUAA